GACUUUAGCUUAUUGCCAAUGGGUGGAAAAUCUUCACGAGACUCAAAAGAUGGUUUCACUUUUUGGCCCCUUCAGCGACGUGCUGAAGUGGAUCCUCUGCCAUCUGACCAAAGGGAUCGUGAAGCGGGAAAUGUAUGGCCAUGGCAUUGGCCGCUUCUCAGAGGAGGAGAUGUACACGCUGAUGGAGAAGGACAUGCGGACUCUAGCGGGCCUACUGGGUGACAAGAAGUACAUUAUGGGACCAAACGUUUCCACUGUUGAUGCCACUGUCUUUGGGCAUCUGGCACAGGCAAUGUGGACACUACCAGGGACUCGACCAGAGAGACUAAUCAAAGGUGAACUGAUUAAUCUUGCUAUGUAUUGUGAAAGAAUAAGGAGGAAAUUUUGGCCAGAAUGGCACCAUGAUGAUGAUAACACUCUGUAUGAAUCCGAGGAAAGCAGCGAAGCAAGCAAGACUUACUCCCCUUUGCAGGACUUCAGUUUUUAUUCAAGGACAGAAACAUUUGAUGAGGAAGGGAACAGUAUUUCUCAAACACCUGACACAGAUUACACUGGACACUCCCUCUUUGAUUCGGAUGUGGACAUGGAUGACUACAGAGAUCAUGAACAAUGCAAGUGA